AUCAACCUCUUAUUCCAGAAAAUUUCUGUCUCUGGAGCCAGUAUUUAUCAUACCCAAUUUAGUUAUUGAAGUGUCUAAAUCAGAAACCUAGGCUCCAUCUUUUGUCCAUGGAAAGAGAGAGAGAGAGAGAGAAAGUGGCAGAGCAGCCAGAGCUGGAGGAGGUGACGUGUCCCGCCUGAGGCCGGUGGCAGAGCUGGGAGCAGACCCUGGCCGGGUGCCCCGGUGAUGGGCUCGCAGCACUGUGCCGAGUGCCAGGACACACAGCCUCCCCGCAAGAGCCAUGACUGACCUAACAGUCAUCUCGGUCCGUUUGCUCUUCGGGGUGCUCAAGGAGUCUGACAGAAUGUAUAUGUACAAUGCUGUAUGUAUUACCAGCCUGCUUGCCUGCUCAUGUUUCUCACCUAUUCCCAAACCCCAGGGAAAGCCAGUGCUCCAAAGCAUUCCUGAGACGGAGUAAGAGGCUGCAAAAACAAGCACUGCCAAGGAAUCUUCUGAUUGUGUAUAAAGGUCAGGCAAAGGCACUUCCUGUAUUUUUGCAGACACAUGGUGGUCCUGAGAGAUAGCUUGAUAUUUCUGCCGAUUUGAUAAACCCUUAGAAAUACAUAACUGCACAAGUACACCAUUUCCUUCCUCCGCGCACAACCGUUUGUUGCUAAGGUUCUGGUACAAUAGCUUCCACUGGCUUGAUUAGCGAGCCUGCGCUCUGAAAAAGAGCGAUGUUAGUGUGUUCAACCACCUCAGAGCUGUUCCUUUUGUGUAUUUAACCGCAGUCGCUCAAUUUAGUCAUAAGAGUGAGUGUUUUGUUGCUUAUCUCUAUUGUUUUUCACUUUAGCAUUAUCCAGAUUCAUUCUGGCUAUGCAUUAUCAAUAGAAAUAUCAAGUAUUUUCUUUUAAUACAGUGUGCCUGCCCGGUUGCCAGUAAUAGGAAAAUCUGAAGGCUGAGAUUGCACAAAAACAUCUAAAGGCAGAAUAUGAAGGUUAUCAGAGUGCAAAGAUGUCUUUGAUAGCAAAAUUUGACCAGCAGGAUCCUUGGUGAAAAAAAGACUUUGGAAAACAACCAACAAUUUAAGAAGCAUCUGUUUCUGGCUGUCCAACUUGCAACAUCUCAGAGGAGCCCAGACUGAGAUGGAAGGUGAUCAGCGGCAUCCACAGCUCAGGUCCUUUCUGCCUCCUUUUGUCCUUCUCUUCAGGGUACUUGCUGAUAUUAACCUUUGCUAGUCUGUGCUAAUAUUUAGCUUUAGAUAGAGUUUGCUGCCCACUGCAGGCUGCAUUUCUGUGGAAUAAAGAGGUCUCAUAACAGUAUGCCAGGCACCUCAGACUGGCGAGGGACUUUGCAGGCACCUUUAGCCUUUUCGUAAGAUCUUAAUAAUUUACAGUCCUCGGGUAAAGAACAAGUAAUAACAUACAAAUCGGAGUAGCCCAUUUGUAACCCCCAAUAUCAGCCUAACUUUGUCAUGUUGGAAGCUCUGGGGGUGAUAACUGGGGGAUUUCCAGCUUCUGGGACACACUGCAAGAAAAUAAACAAGGAACUUGACAGUACUAAUGCUACUUUUUGCUUUUCCCAGGAGGACAAGGCAGAUGAGAUUCAAGUAUUUCAGGCUUUAAUCAGAAAGUUUACCAAACAGAUGGUUGGGAUCACAUGGUCGUGAGCUGUGAGUCAACAGGGAUAGCAGAACAUCUUCUCUGCUGCGAAGUUCAGAAUUCAGACCUCAUCAGGAAACCCAGCUCCCAUUGAAAUCAGUGGAACUGCUGCAAACUUGUUGUUUGCUUUGGCUCUUCCUUUACUUUCUGCCUCCCGGAGCUGUAAAGUCUGCUGCUGGAUCUCCUUCACCUCCCCGGCGAAGGGGUCUCCCUGCAGCAGCCCACGGGUGCGGUGCGCCCCUCCGGCCCCCACGGGAGCACGAGAUUGCCACGGUUCGCGCUGUGAAGCUUGCUGCGCUGCCAAUGCGAAGUUCAGGGUUGCUGCUUACGCGGAGGCCGGAGCGGUUGAUCUGGAGGUUGGCAAUGUCAAGUCUCAGUCACCAGCAUGGUACGGCGAAAGGGCUUUCUGCAGAAGCCCCAGAGGCUGUGAGGCUGCUGACUCAGGCAUCAGUGACACAGCUAGAAGACAGCCUACCAAAGGGAAAAGCAACCGUGAACACUGACAGUUCCGACCCUGCUUCACCGUCUAACCUCGAGGCAAAGGGAAGAAGGAAGGAGACAGCCCAGGGAUCAGAAGACGACCCCAGCUCUCUGGUGAUGGCAUGGAUCAGACACUUUUCCAGCAGCCGUUUUACCUACCUCUCAGUCCUGUCACCGUCCAGUAUCCCCGAAGUGCCAAGGCACAAGACUGAUGCAGAGCCGCUGUUAGUAACCCAGCCAUGGCCGGAGAUUCUAGGAUCUUCAUGAACCAGGACAUGGACAUCGGAGUUACAUCUAGAGAGCCUAAGAAGAUUCCCAAACAGGCUCGAGAUGAUGUCCCCAUCGCCACUGACCGAACCCGCCUCAUAUCAGCAGAAGGUAAGAAGCCACGACAGCGUUACAUGGAAAAAAGCGGCAAGUGCAAUGUGCACCAUGGAAAUGUCCAAGAAACCUAUCGAUACCUUAGUGACCUCUUCACUACGCUGGUGGACCUUAAGUGGCGUUUUAAUCUUCUUGUCUUCACUAUGGUCUACACCAUCACUUGGUUGUUUUUUGGAUUCAUCUGGUGGCUCAUUGCCUAUAUCCGGGGAGACCUGGACCACCUUGAAGAUGAGAACUGGAUCCCCUGUGUUGAAAAUCUCAGUGGAUUUGUUUCUGCAUUUCUGUUUUCUAUCGAGACUGAGACAACCAUCGGGUAUGGCUAUAGGGUCAUAACGGAGAAGUGCCCCGAGGGCAUCGUACUGCUCCUGAUCCAGGCUAUUCUGGGCUCCAUUGUCAAUGCGUUCAUGGUGGGAUGCAUGUUUGUCAAGAUCAGCCAACCAAAGAAGAGGGCUGAAACCCUCAUGUUUUCUAACAACGCAGUGAUUUCCAUGAGGGAUGAGAAGCUCUGUCUCAUGUUCCGGGUUGGAGACCUCCGCAAUUCCCACAUUGUCGAGGCUUCCAUUAGAGCCAAACUGAUUAAGUCCAAACAGACCAAAGAAGGAGAGUUUAUUCCCUUGAACCAAACAGACAUCAACGUGGGAUUUGACACUGGAGAUGACAGAUUGUUCCUGGUGUCACCCCUUAUCAUCUCACAUGAAAUCAACGAGAAAAGCCCCUUCUGGGAGAUGUCCCGCACCCAACUGGAGAAGGAGGAGUUUGAAAUUGUGGUCAUCCUGGAAGGAAUGGUGGAAGCAACAGGGAUGACUUGCCAGGCUCGCAGCUCCUACAUGGACACCGAGGUGCUGUGGGGACACCGCUUCACUCCUGUCCUCACCCUGGAGAAGGAUUUUUAUGAAGUCGACUAUAACAGCUUCCACAGCACUUACGAGACCAACACUCCCGUGUGCUGUGCCAAAGAGCUGGCCGAGUCUCGCCGGGAAGGCCAGCUCCUCAGCCACCUCUCCAGUGCCAGCCUCCUGAGCGGAGGCGGAGAAGCAGAGGCAGCAAAAGAGGAAGAAGAAGAAGAAGAGGAAGAAGGUGGCAGGGAGCCAGCAGGAUUGAAUGGAGCCAAUGGGACAGCAGGAGAGGUGAAAGAAGAUAUGCCUGUAUAACACCUGAACUGCUGGACCAUAGAUGCCCACGUACACUUACUGGGAGACUGUGGCUGGCGAGUCAGGAAUUAACUAAGAGUCAGAGAGCUGAGAUUCACGUCCAGAUCUCUGUUGCCUGCUGCUUGAUCCUGGCGAGUCACUGCACAGCACUGUGCCUCAGUUUCCCUCCCGUUUUAUCUGUACAGUGAGGUUCUGAGCUUUGCACUCAUUUGCAAAGCAUUUUGAUCCAUAUGGACAAGGGUCACAUAAUAUCAUCACUGUUAAAAUUUAAAUUCCCAUUAAAUUGUUUGUUUCAAAAAAUAUUCAUUGGAUGGUCAGAACUCUUCCCCCUUGACAGGCUAUUUACAAAGCAAAAGUUCAGAAUGUCCCAUCUCAGUAUGAAGAAUGUGGUUUCAUACCUUCACUUAAUUUGUGAGUCAAUGUAUUGUAGCUAUUGUUACUGCUAAAUUAAAAGAAGAAGAAAAAACCCUCUUUGGUAUGUAGCAAAGUCUUUUGCCUUCAUGAAAUGUAUUAGAUUUUAGUGUUUUCCUUCAAGAUCACAGUAAUUGUGAUUUAUUUCCUGCAAAAUGUCUUGAUAUUAAGUCCAGGUUGGAUGUGGCUUUGAGCAGCCUGCUGUAGUGGAAGGUGUCCCUGCCCAUGGCGGGGGGGUUGGACCUAGGUGAUCUUUAAGGUCCCUUCCAACCCAACCCAUUCCAUGAUUAACAAGACAACUUUCCCUGCAAGCCUUUAGCAUGUUUUUCCAAUGUUUUUGACUGUCUUCUCAAACAGAAGUGCUGACUCUGUGUACUCUUUUCAUGGACUCUCUGACACAUUUCAUAGGCUAUCCAUGGUGAGAGAAAGUUUAGAUCUUGCCCCAGUGAAGGUUUUUUUUUUCUGUCCUGGAUGUCCCAGUUCCAGUUUCAGUUGAUGAUUUAAAAAAAAAGUCAAUAUCCAUCUGGGAAUUUGAAAUGUUCUGGAAUUUCAGACGGAGUCCCUGGAGUAGGUAGUCUGGCUAAAUGAGAAUUUGCAAAAUUCUCUGCUCUUCUGCAAAGUGCGUAUUUAUUUAGGUGCUGAUGGAUGCUAAUGGGAACAUGCACUGACAUAAGUGAAGCCAUCUGUCUGGUCAGGCUAGUGCAAGCACGUCAGUCGGUGUCCAAAAGCAGGAUCGGUUCCCCACUUCUGCCAGGGACAAGCAAUAACAUCUCUGGAGGUCUAAUGUUAACCUGCCAGUAACUUUUUCAAGUGAAGCACCAAACUGAGUUAACAGUUUCGGUCUUUACAAAGAGGUAAGCCUAGAACCAUACUUCCCCAAAGAGGAUUGUCAUGUCUAGAAAAGGGGUGAAGAAAACUAGUCUGUGAGAUGAAAAAUUUCCAUGAAUUUGCAGAACACAGAGAAAGAAUGGCCUUGGUGAAAAGCUCUUCCCUUACCCCCUAAAAUUUGGUGGAAAAAAUAAGAUACUUCUUAAAGAAUAAAGAAUUUCUUCUUUAUCAAAAUGGAACGAAGAACAUAUAAUAUGCAAGAUUUGUUUUCCAUAUAGGAAGGACUGUAUGUGUAUCUAUGAAAUAAAUGUACAUUGUAGAAGGGAUGGAAUGAGCCACACACUAGGGACCUUUAAUAUGGUUUUGCCUCUUGAUAUUAAAAAAAAAAGAUAGAAAGCAAUGAUCUUAUCGACAUGUAAACAAAGAGGAGAAUACUAUCUACAGGGGUCAGAGAUUCUAUUUAAUUAGAAACCUAAUAUUAUAAUGUAGAUAGAAGAGGAAUUGGUGUUUCUUUCUGAGGGUUUUGGAAAAAUGAGUGUGAUGUGACUGUUGUACUUAAUAUCACGUUAAGAGCCAGCAGUCAGCUUGGCCCGCAGGAUAUAGGAAUUACCAUUAUGUUAUAGAGUAAGUUUUGAAGUGAAGUCACUUCAUUUGAAAUGCUCCUCAGUUCUAGAAAGCAUUUUGCAGAACUGAAGCAAGUAGAAUUUUUGAAAAAGGACUAAUUUUAGUUUUUCUGUUCAGCUCCUCUUUUUCCAUAUUAAAUCUCAGAGGAACAGAGGGACGAAAACAGGGAGGAAAAUGGGGGAGGUUUCUUGUAAGGGUUUGUGGUUUCCUAGCAGGGUUUGUUCUUUUUCCAAGACCCUCACUUCUCACCCUACCUCUGCAAAAUAAUUACGUGUCAAAAUUGUUUUUCAGAAUUCUUUUAUUCUGUAGCUGAAGUGAACUCCUAACAUAGGGGAUAGCAAUGGAAAUGAAAAAUGUAACUGAUCUAUGCAAGUCAGAGGCAAUUUCAGCCCCUCAAACAGGUGUUGUAUGAGUUCGACCCAACCAGCUGUCCUGUCCAGCUCAACCCAACCUGAGGAGCGGGCUUGCUGGGUCCCUUACGCGAUGCCAGAGAUAGAGAGCUUGGAAAACACCGCUAGAUUGCCUCGGCACCUUGAUUCCUCAUUGUUGUCACUCUCCAGAGAGAAGCUAGCCAUCUUCAAACACCCCAAAAGUUAUUUCAUCUUCCCAUUGCCCUCGAGAUUUCAUCACACAAAACUGCUCUUCCCUUACGCUGUCAAGUCUGAGAAAUCAUCUACCCGACGUGUUAGGAGCUUUUGUUGUUGCACAUGAGAUGCUGCAAGCAGAGUAACUGCUGAAUGGUGGGUAGCGGAGCGGGGUGCCAAUCUGUUGCAGUGAAGUAAGACAAGGAGUGUGUUCCUCCCCUCUUGAGCAGAGCCCUUAAGCAGCUGUGUACUCUGUUGGCUUCACAGAAUAUUUCUGUGUUUGGAAUUUGCAAAUACGCUCUAAGUACCUUGGUGAAUCGAUGCUUCAAACAGCGCCAAUGUGAGCAGUAGCGAAAGAACUUCCCUGAUUUCUGUAGAACAGGAGAAACAUCCUUGCAGGUUUUUUAAUAAACUGAGCAGAUUGGGAGGAAGAUAUCCUCCAGUGCUGAAUGCACCUUGCAUUUGAUACACAAACAGUGGGGAACCUUAUUUUGUGUAUAUAUUUUUUUUUAAUUUUAUUUUGUAUUUGUGUAGCACGGCAAUCAGCUAUGUGGGUUUUGGUAAUGCAAUCAAGUUGUACCCUCUCCAAAGCAUUUAGGCAGGCCCCAGGACUGUCCCAUAUUCUUCUUUUCCUGUAACGUAUCCCAAAGAGAGUUUUAAUUCAGCAAGCCUAUUGAACUUUUCUGGAAGGGAGAGAACGUCUUCCAGAACUGUCAUCUUUGAAAAUUUUAUCAG